GGUAAAAUGUUUGUAGAACUAGGAAUGACUAUUGGUGGGAUGAUGAUCGGUAUUCCUGUUCUUUUUUCUUUGAUAUUAAGGUUUCUGGUUACUGGAUUCAAGAUGUUUCAGAUAAAGCCCCGCUCAACCGUGCCAAAAGCACUGAUGGAUAAAACAUUAGGGCAACACAAGUUUGUAUCUGUGAAUGGAGUACAACUCCACUAUGUUGAAUCUGGAGAUGAGAAUAAACCCCUUAUUCUGUUUGUUCAUGGAUUUCCUGAAUUCUGGUUUUCAUGGAGGCAUCAGAUUAAAUACUUUAAUAAGAAUUACCAUGUUGUUGCCUUUGAUAUGCGAGGAUAUGGAGAAUCCUCUAAACCUGAAGGAAUAUCCAACUAUCAACUAGAACAUUUAGUUGAGGAUAUCAAGGCUCUUGUCACCGAACUAGGAUAUAAAAGGUUUCAUCUGGUAGCACAUGACUGGGGCGGUGGAGUAGCUUGGGCGUUUACAGGACUUCAUCCUGAUAUGGUACAGACCUACACAGCCUGUAAUAUACCUCAUAACCUGGCGCUGGUUGACCAGCUCAGAGGAUCCUGGGAGCAAACCUUCAAAUCUUGGUAUAUGCUCUUCUUCCAGUGUCCUGUUAUCCCUGAGUUGAAUUUUUUGAGCUCCGACAUGACGUUCUUUUAUGGACUCCUUCGUGAUGCAGGAUUACAUAAAGAUGAAGAACUAGUUGAGGCAUACAAGUUUGCCUUCAAUGACUUUAAAACUUGGAACAGGACAAUAAACUACUACCGAGCUUCAGCUAGGCCGGGUAGUCAAGCGAGGAAGAAUAUAUAUCGUCAGAUGAAAAAUAUUGAGGUUCCUGUUCUUCAAAUAUUUGGAACUGGAGAUAAAUAUUUAUCAGUUGGUGCUGCACAGGCUUCAGCUAAGUUUUGUACAAACUUGACAACUGAGCUUCUACCUGGAGUCUCUCAUUGGGUUCAGCAGCAGGAACCUGAGAGGGUCAACUCACUUAUCAAUCAGUUCAUUACUAAGCACUCCUAGUUAACAAUCAACUCAUUAAUCAGUUCAUUACCAAGCUCUCCUAGUUAACAAUCAACUCAUUAAUCAGUUUAUUACCAAGCACACCUAGUUAACAAUCAUCAUUACAAAAUUUCGCGAAAUUACGUUGGAGAAAUUUAGGGUUUCCAGUCGUAAUUACGUUACGCGUAAUUACGCGUAAUUACACGUAACACUUUCUGUCACUUACGCAGGAGCAUUACCCGUAAAUUUGAGAAAGUAGGUUAAAAUAUUAACAAGUUGUUGAAAAUUGAAAAUUUAAGGAUUAUGUAUUUUUUUGAUAAAAAUAUAUUGUUGGCCCUUUGUUAAACUUUUUAGUACAUCAACAUAGUAUUGGCUGAAAUUGCUGAUUUAACUUGAGUGACACUGUUUUCCUUGUAAGUUAGUUCUUUUAUUUAAAUUAAAAAUUAAAACUUCAAAAUUUCAUAGAUGUAAUU